UUGACAUUAGAAGCUCAUGUUUUGCUUUCUAGCCCAGAGUUGACAUUAGAAGCUCAUGUUCUGCUUUCUCGCCCAGAGUUGACAUUAGUAGCUCAUGUUCUGCUUUCUAGCCCAGAGUUGACAUUAGAAGCUCAUGUUCUGUUUUCUAGCCCAGAGUUGACAUUAGAAGCUCAUGUUCUGCUUUCUAGCCUAGAGUUGACAUUAGUAGCUCAUGUUCUGCUUUCUAGCCUAGAGUUGACAUUAGUAGCUCAUGUUCUGCUUUCUAGCCCAGAGUUGACAUUAGAAGCUGAACAUAGUCUGAAUUCAUCACAAUAA